GACAGGACAAAGAAACUCCACCGAGUCAUGAAGCAAACAAUGGGGGAGAAGGUGCCGACCGGUUUAAUUUGAGUCAUUAAACAUGUCACACUCGAGGGCCCGCCUGUUUACAAACGGAAAUGUCAAUGUCAGUUAGAGAUGUGGUUGUUUAUUUGUGUGUUUUUUCUAACAGGAAACAGGGAGGUUAACCAACAGAAACCAUGAACACAUCAGACGUCAUGUCUUUAACAACCCUGUCCCAAAACUCCACUGUGACAGGAGCACCAGAUACGGGGCUUCUAACGUCACGUCCCACUCUGGUAGACACGACCAUGACUCAGGUGAUGACAACAGCAGCAGCCCCGACAGGUCCAGACUCUGCAGUUAUCGCAGUAGUGAUAGUCCUCAUCCUGCUGACGGUAGCAGCUUUGGCCUUCCUGCUUUACCGGUAUCUCUGCCAUAACAAAGGAGACUACAGGACGACGGGGGAGCUGGCUCCAGGAGAGGACCCUGACGAGGAUCACAGCAACCAGGCUGUGAGCGAAAAGAAGGAAUAUUUCAUAUAAACCCGGUGAAGAUUUCCAAAAGAGCCCCAAAAAAAAAUGAAUUGAAAAAGUCCGCAGAGGACUGAGAAGAACUAGACGUUUUUUUGUUUUUUUUCCUGUUUGUGUGUUUUUGUUUUUAUGAAGGCUGAUACUUGCUGCACAGAGAGAAAACCUUGUUGAAGAGUUUUGUCCUGAGAGACACUGAGGCGCACAAGAAGCUAUACCAAAGAUUGUUCUAGAUGGAGGGAAUAUAUGACGGAUGAGGAGCAGGUGGCAGGCCAACAGGUGUGUUCAUAUUAAACAGUUGGUGGGGUUUUUUUUUAAAUAUCACUGACAUGAUCAGUAUCAAUCAAACUAGACUAGCUCAUUUAUGCUACAUUAUUUAUCAGUCAUGGUUCAUUUUUGUUUUUCAGAUUUACUGUAUUUGACUCCAAACACAACGUCUAAAAGUUUGUUUUGGGGAAAUGGUCACUUUUUUUUUUUUAUUGAUAUGCUUUUAAAUGAAAGUUUUUCUAUGCAGUUCUUUUAUAAGCUCUUCAAAAAACAACACGGUCAUUCUUUUUCAAUAGAGGGUGGCUAAGUAUGAUUUGUUAUGAAGUUUUGUUGUUGCUGGUUUUGUUUUGUAAUACUCCUCUCCAAACACUGUUACUGAUGACUUCCCUGUUUGAGAGAAAUAAGGAAGGCAAUAAACCUGUUUUUGUACCAGUGUCAUCAAACAA